CAAGACGACUCUCUCUCUCUCUCUCUCUGUCUCUCUCCAACCUUCUGUUCUGUACUCUCUCCCAUGGCGUCCAGAUACAUAAGGGAGUUUUUGGCUUCGGAGGCAUUUAAAAACGCAGGGAGAGAAGUAAGCGACGUCGUUCCACGACUGGUGAAGUUUCUCUGCUGCCUCCAAGUCACCAAGACUCACCUUUUCACCGUCACUCUGAGAGAAAUCAAAUGGGUUGUGAUUCCAUGUAUGCAGUCCUACGGUCCCAGCAUGCUCCCGACCCUCGGCCUGGCCGGAAAUUUGUGCUUGGCUGAACGCAUCUCGACCCGGUUCGACAAACUGGGUGUUGGGGACAUUGUCCUCGUACAGUCCCCUGAGGUUCCUUGGAAGUUCAUGACCAAGCGCUUGAAAGCCAUGGAAGGCCAGUCUGUUACAUAUUUUGUCGACCCUAAAAACAGUGACAAGUCUGAGACUAUUGUGGUUCCUAAGGGGCAUGUUUGGAUAGAGGGAGACAACAUCUAUGAGUCAAAUGAUUCAAGAAAAUUUGGGCCUGUUCCUUAUGGGCUUCUUCAAGGCAGAGUCUUUUGGAGGAUAUGGCCACCUAAAGAUUUUGGAUCCUUGGCGCAAAACAAAGGGAAGGAUUCUGUCUCAUGAAGUACACUUUUUGAGCUUGUGCACGGUUAGUGCCUCAUAUGAAAUGUAAUUACAGAAUCUUGUUUUGAAGCUGCUGUUUAUAGGGAAUAUAGAACCUUGUUUGUAGAAUGAUCUUUUUCUAUCAAGAAAAGUGGUUUAAUUGUGAUAA